AUGGCUAGGGCUGGGGACGAGGAAUUUCAAAUGGGAAAUUUACCAGUCACGUUUAAUUGGCGCAUUGAAACUACAGCACUCACGAUAAUGGUGGUUCAACCCGGUUUUUUCGGGAUCCUUGUGGUCCUUCUGGUCUGCAGUGGCUACAAUCCCAGCAAUGCCAUUCGAACGGCGCAACUGAGCGAAGAGCAGCUGGCAUGGAUUGCCAAGUCGGGAGGAGUCAACUUCCAGAAUCGCGUGAUCGAUGGCGAGGAUGUGGCAUUGGGCGAGGCCAAGUACCAGAUAUCCCUGCAGGGAAUGUACGGCGGUCACCUCUGCGGUGGGUGCAUCAUCGACGAACGACAUGUCCUGACGGCAGCCCACUGCGUCUCUGGCUAUAACCCCAGUUACCUCAGAGUGGCCACGGGAACAGUGCGUUGGGCCGAGCCGGAUGCCCUGUACUUUGUGGAGGAGUAUUGGAUAAACUGCAACUACAAUAGUCCCGCGUACCACAACGACAUUGCUCUGAUCCGGCUUAACGAUACGAUCAAGUUCAAUGAGUACACUCAGCCGGCCAAGCUGCCCACUGCUCCGCUGGCCAAUGGCACGCAGUUGCUCCUGACCGGCUGGGGAUCCACGGAACUGUGGGGCGACACACCCGAUGUGCUGCAGAAGGCCUACCUCACGCAUGUGGACUACCCAACCUGCCAGGCGCUAUUGAACAACGAUCCCAUGAACGGACCCUGCCACGUCUGCACCCUGACAACCGGCGGACAGGGCUCUUGCCACGGCGACUCCGGCGGUCCGCUGACCUACGAGGGCGUCCUCUACGGCCUGGUCAACUGGGGCUAUCCCUGCGCCCUCGGCUCUCCGGACAGCCACGCCAACGUGUAUUAUUACCUGGACUGGAUCAGGCAAACGAUGUCGGGACCCUGCAGCACCUGCUCCUGCUACGCCAGUAACUACCCCAGCCUGUGAUUUGAAAAAUGGAAAACUUGGCUUAAUACUUUUCUUUGAGUAAGUUACUUGGUCAUCUAUUCUUGCAAAAAAAAGGUUAACAAUCCGAGGUAUUUUUAAAAAUGUCUCAAUAACUGGACCUAUUGAAUAUUUCCUUGUUAUUGUUGAAAUAAAAAUCGAGAGCAGAGCGUGCCAUUUAAGAUUAAGAAAAA